GCAUGACUUGACUUGGCUCGAAGGGAAGCGCUGCGUCACUCGUCCCAACAUCGCAUGACCGUCCAGUCCAGCAUCGGAGGCUCCUUCUUAGGCAGUGCCGGCUGACAUGACGCGCGACAAUGGCACGAAGCGCGUCGUCAGGGUGCUCUGCCUGCACCACCUCGGCGGCAACUCGCACCAGAUGCGCAGGACGCUGCAGCCGUACUUUGACGAGCUGGCUGCCGCGUGUCCGGACCUCUGCUUCGAGCCGUGGUACGUCGACGGGCCGUUUCUGCUCCCGACGGCGCUGGACGGAGGCUUGGCGCGCGGAGGCCUGUCGCGUAGCACCAGCACUGGCCAGGGCGCAACAAGGCAGACCGCAGGCGAGGCAGCCGAAGCGGCCCUCACCUACGUCUCGCUGAAGCGCGCCGUCGAUGCCGAGGAAUACAGCGAGAGACAGCGUCCCUACAAGUACAAGCGAACGACCGGGGAUGUCAGCGAACAGGCGCUAGCUCGCCUCGAUGCCGCCAUUGAGAAGAACCGCAGUGGUGGACUACUUCAGCGAGCCAGCGAGAUCCUGGAUAGCAAAGCGAGUGCAGACCAAGUCCGAUGGUGGCAGAUGCCGUGCGACGCCUACGACAAUCCGGGCCCGUGGGUGGGACACGAGUACAGCAUCGCGUAUCUCGGCCGCUUCAUCAGCGAGCACGGCCCAUUCGACGGCAUGAUUGGCCACAGCGGCGGCGGCCUCAUUGGCCAGUACUGCCAUGCGCUGCUGGCGGGUGCGCUGGAUGCGUCGCAGGAAGCGCUGUUCCCGUUCCCCAUGCCGCCAGCCGAGCCGGCAAGCUACGCCUUCCGCUUCUCUGUGAUGUUCGCACCGGUCCUCCCGGACACGCCGCGGGUGGCCUACCUCGCGCGCGUCUCCGCCACGCCGCUCCGCUCGCUCGUCUUGACCGGGAAGCGGGACAGCUACCAAACUCCCUUGACGUGCCGUGCCUAUGCGCAGCUCGUCGGCGCCCAGGACUUCUGGGAGCACGAGGGCGGCCAUGGGAUCCCACGGGAUGCGCAUUCGGUCAAGCGUGUGACGGCAUGGCUCGCUCGGGAGGCGCGGGCGCUCCAAAGGCCAGCGGCCACUCCUCGGCUGUGAAGCACACGCGACACGGAGAGCACAGCUCUGUCUGAGCGUACUGCGAUCGCGUAGGAUGGUAGACGACAGGCACCUUUCAUGCGCAAUCACAAGGCUCCAUGGCUACCAAUCACGACGGUCGUACCACAUCACUCAUUCAGACAGGUCGUAGACGGA